AUGAGCAAGACAAUAGAAUCGAGUUCAAGAGCAAAAUUUUACUGUGUGUUUUGGUCCUGGCCUGCGUGUGGUCUUCGUGCUGUGUCAAGGAAGCACACCUUAUCGUCGGUUUCACGACACGAUAACACGCUACGCCCCAUCUGCUGCUCCCCUGUGGAUCUAUCGCCCACAACUGUGCCUUCCACUGCACGCACCGCUGUCCGCCCCUUCCCUCCAGCACUUCCCGCCGCCAUGCAGGCUCACCCUCCAACCUACGGAACUCACUUGCCGUACGCCCCAGCCGUGGCUCAAGGAACUGACUGCUGUGGGGUUUUCGUGACGAAGAAGGUUCUCCUUAUUGCCACGAUAACCACUGCGGUGGCGAUGCUCGCUUCAUUCAUCAUUCUUUGCGUUGGUCUGGCAAUGGAGUGUUACCAUGGGCCAGACUGCAACACGCAAGCCGCACUCAUCAUCACAGGAGGCUUACUGACCGGCAUUUGUACGAUCUUCUUCGUGGUGAUCUUCGUGUUGCUGUUCAAGAUGGGGAGCGCCGCGCCAACCAGGCCCUUUAUGAUCCAGCAGCCCUACUCCACCUACGCAAGUCCGAUGGUGUCCACGACCACUGUUCAAACAGCGUCCAAUCCUCCACCUUAUGCUCCGCCAAGCACGGGCUACCCUCAGUAUCAGCAGCACCCACAGCCACCCCUUCCUCAGGCACCCAUGCCACAGGCAUCCAUGCCUCAGGCACCCAUGCUUCAGGCACCCAUGCCUCAGGCGCCCAUGCCUCAGGCGCCCAUGUCUCAGACGCCCAUGUCCCAGGAGCCCAUGCCUUUCAAACAGACUUGUUAAUUAGUCAAAUGGCAAGUGGUGAUGAUGCCGCAUGAUUGCAACAUGACCACCAAACACUGAUGUGAUAAGAUAGCCAGCGUUGCCUCACCGCUUAAUUAAAGACCACUAGUAGGAAACUCCCCCAUUGUUAAGGGUUACUAAUCUAAUGCUUGGAAAACUUUAUAAACUUGUACAAGUAGACACUUUAUGUACAGUAAGUCCAACUUGUGGUGUCACCCAGUCCUGUGAAUUUCGUGUCUAGAAAUCAAAUAGAAAUCAAUAUAUGGACCUAUCAAAACGUUUGCAAAGACAAAGGACAACUAGUGGUAUGAUUAGUCAAAGGAGUUGCUAGAUAUCCUUUAAAGAAAGGCUUGGGCUCAAUGCCUAUCGACUGUUCAAGGGUCAUCAGUCCAUUAAGGGCCUUUCGGACAGGAUAUCUCACCUUGCCUUCUUGACCAAACCUGGCCAGAAACAAAGCGUUGUAGAUUCACUUAAGGGAAAGCAACAGAGAUAAAAUGUUCCUUCAUGUUUGUUCGAGUCGAGUCGAGUUCGUGUAGAAAGGUGGGGGAAAACUAAGAAGAGGUUGGAUAGAAGAAGAUAUAAUAAUGUAAGAAAGUGAAAGAAAGUAGAAGAAUAAAAGUUAGUGGGCAGUCCACUUAGCGUCGAGUUAAAUUGCUUUUUUAAUUUCUUAAGAAAAACGUACGAGAUGUUUGAGGUAAAUUUUAAUGGUUUUUCUGGUGUUACAUUCUGGACAUUAUGUAGUUAGCAGACCUUUUAAUCAGUGACCAAGAUUUCUUUAUUUAUCAUUUCAUUUCAUUCAUAUAUAUUACAAGCUUUGUAAAGUUAUAUUAUGUAAAUAGUCUCAUAUCUUAAUUUGAUGUUAUUAUUCAUCGUUUAUUUCUUUUUUACAGAUUUUUCCUGAGCAACAUCAUGUUAAUACACAAAAAAAUAUCACAAAUGUCAUUAGAAAACCUAGCACACAAAAUGACUAGAAACAUAAUAAUGGUGGUGAUAAUAUUGGUGUGCGUGUAUGUAUUUGUCUGUGAUAUGUAAGUGUAAGGAAAAAUAAAGGAGAAAUGAAUGUAUGUGAGAGUUCAGUGAAAUAAAGUAAAGCAAGCUAGUAGAGAGCAGAUGUAGAUCCGUGAAAAGUGAAAAGGUGACUGUAGCAGUGGCUGAAAUAGAGCAAGUGUAUAUGUGAGAAAAUGUGUGAGUUUAAUGGUAAACUACGGUAGACGUUUUUAAGAGCACACUUUAAUGAAUUGAUUUAAGGGCACACUACACUCCCCAGGCCCUGAAUCGUCUCAUUGUCUUAAGAAUUUUAUGAAGUGUGCCGCCAGUAGUUUGAGGAACUGCACCAGUACUGAACGGAUUAAUCAACGUACUAAUAGCGUGUGGGACAGAAACUGUGAUUUGUAAAUCUGAAAAAUCCUUUCAUGCGUUUGUACAAUCUUAAUGUAAUAAAAAUGAAUUCUGAAA